GGCCCAGCCCCCGGAGACGCACCUGUUCUGACCUGCUGAGCAGGUUCCCAAGUUUCUGCCGUCGUUGUUGGCCACGGCGUGGGAAGCAGCUCUGGGGGAGCUCGGAGCUCCUGAUCACGGCUUCUUUGGGGGUAGCUACAGCUGGGUGGGUGGCACGGGGCGGUCCCCUAACGGAGACCCUCGUGGGAUAGGCAGGUGCGGCAGUGCCGGAGGACUCUGUGGCUUCCUGCCUUCUGGGUCGGCGCCCUAACCAGCUCUAGAGCCGGCUCCCAGGGAGAACUCGGUGGACCUUCAGAAACACUGGGCAGCUCUGCCUUUCGACCAAUGCCUCUGUCCCUGGGAGCCGAGAUGUGGGGGCCUGAGGCCUGGCUGCUGCUGCUGCUCCUGGCAUCGCUUACAGAAUACCUUCUUCUCUCUGGGAAUCCAAGUCUCUCAUCUUCAAGCCAUGAAAAGAAUGUUCUGAAGGGCCUGCUGGGAUGGACCCUUCCUACACUACAUGCUGCAUCCCAGACACCAACUGUUCUUGACCCUUGCCUUGGCUCCUGGCAACACUUUCUGAAAACGUUCACUUUUCCCCACCUUGGUCGGUGCCCGGCUGGCGAGCUGGAAACCUCAGACCAGGUGACUGUGGUGCUGGGCCAGGACGCAAAGCUGCCCUGCUUCUACCGAGGGGACCCGGGCGAGCAGGUGGAGCAAGUGGCAUGGGCUCGUGUGGAUGCGGGCGAGAGCGGCCGGGAGCUGGCGCUGCUGAACUCCAAGUAUGGGCUGCACGUGAGCUCCGCCUACGAAGGCCGCGUGGAACAGCCGCCGCCCCCACGGAACCCCCUGGACGGUGGGGUACUUCUGCGCAACGCGGUGCAGGCCGACGAGGGCGAGUACGAGUGUCGCGUCAGCACCUUCCCUGCCGGCAGCUUCCAGGUUCGGCUUCGGCUCCGCGUGCUGGUGCCUCCCCUGCCCUCGCUGAAUCCUGGUCCAGCACUAGAAGAGGGCCAGGGCCUGACCCUGGCAGCCUCCUGCACGGCAGAGGGCAGCCCGGCCCCCAGUGUGACCUGGGACACAGAGGUCAAGGGCACGACAUCCAGCCGCUCCUUCACGCACUCGCGCUCAGCUGCUGUCACUUCAGAGUUCCACCUGGUGCCCAGCCGCAGCAUGAAUGGACAGCCACUUACUUGCGUGGUGUCCCACCCUGGCCUGCUCCAGGACCAGAGGAUCACCCACACCCUCCAGGUGGCCUUCCUUGCUGAGGCCUCUGUGAGGGGCCUUGAAGACCGAAAGCUGUGGCAGGUUGGAAAAGAAGGAGCUAUGCUCAAGUGCCUGAGUGAAGGGCAGCCCCCUCCCUCGUACAACUGGACACGGCUGGAUGGGCCUCUGCCCAGUGGGGUGCGAGCAGAAGGAGACACGCUGGGCUUCCCCGCACUGACCACCGAGCACAGUGGCACCUACGUCUGCCACGUCAGCAAUGAACUCUCCUCAAGGGAUUCUCAGGUGGUUGUGGAUGUUCUUGCAGACCCCGAGGAUACCCCAGGGAAGCAGGUGGAUGUGGUGUCAGCCUCCGUGGUGGUGGUGGGUGUGAUCGCCGCACUCUUGUUCUGCCUUCUGGUGGUGGUGGUGGUGCUCAUGUCCCGAUACCAUCGGCGCAAGGCCCAGCAGAUGACCCAGAAAUAUGAGGAGGAGCUGACCUUGACCAGGGAGAACUCCAUCCGGAGGCUGCAUUCCCAUCACUCGGACCCCAGGAACCAGCCGGAAGAGAGUGUAGGGCUGAGAGCCGAGGGCCACCCUGAUAGUCUCAAGGACAACAGUAGCUGCUCUGUGAUGAGCGAAGAGCCAGAGGGCCGCAGCUACUCCACGCUGACCACAGUGAGGGAGAUUGAAACACAGACCGAACUGCUGUCUCCAGGCUCUGGGCGGGCAGAGGAGGAGGAAGAUCAGGAUGAAGGCAUCAAACAGGCCAUGAACCAUUUUGUUCAGGAGAAUGGGACCCUGCGGGCCAAGCCCACAGGCAAUGGCAUCUACAUCAACGGGCGGGGGCACCUGGUCUGACCCAGGCUUGCCUCUGUCCCCUAAGCCUGGCUUCCUCUGCUGACAUGGAAGAUUUCAGCUCGUCUCCAGGGGAGCCUCCCUACACACCUCAUUUCUUGAGGAAGAUGCUCCCCACCCCCGACUGCUCGACCUUUUCCCCCAGUUCUUCCGUUGGGUGAUGGAAGGGCAUCGCUGGUUGAGUGCCUCCCACAGUGUUUGCAGGUCACUGUGUGUGCCUUUGUGCUUGUGUGAGUGUGCACUGACUGCGUGUUCAUGGAGGGGUGACCGUGCCCGCGGUGUGCGUCGUGUUGUCGCGUCAGAGUCCAAGUGAACCAUGGUGUGUGUGCCACAGGGUUUGGUGGCUGCAUGGGGGAGCACCAUAGGGGAUCGGUUUGUGUGUCAUGUGGCUGUGUGACCUUUGCCUGUAAAACGCAGGUGUUUUCCUCAGACCCCAGAGCAGUAUUAAUGAUGCAGAGGUUAGAGGCGGGAGGUGGAGACUGUGGGCCAGAUCCAGGUGUGCGGGCAUAGCUGGAGGUGGAAUCUGGCCUCCUGGGUGCGGGAGCCGGGCUCCCACCACUUGGGAGCCGUCGGGGCAAGUGUGAAGCAGCAGGCCUGGGGGUCGGCCAGAGGCUCAAACUCUUACAGAAGAAGCCCUCUGCCCUCUGGUGGCCUCUGGGCCUGCUGCGUGUACAUAUUUUCUGUAAAUAAACCUGCACAAGGGAGCUUCUUUAAGGUCUACUGCCCUCAACGCAUUAAUAAGAGAAAAGACUUUGUAAAAACCUUUGGAUUCAUCUGGAUGUUUCUUAUUACAAGGAUUGCUUACAGUGGCAUCCGCCUACACAGGGACUCAGCAAAGCUAGACCCUGCUCUGGAGCUACCCCAGGGCAUUAACUCCUGUGGUGCUGAAAGGUGCUCCAUCUAAGGCAUCUUAAUCUAGGCAGCCUCUUGGGAGGGAGCCUAAGCCCUGAUGGAGGUUGAAGGAGGGGUGCGCGCCCUGUGGUUACUGGCUAUGGGAAGACAGGUGGGGUCCUUGGCCCCAGUGGCUCCUCAGCUCUUCCCCAGCCUCAUGUUCUCUAGUUGUAUCCACAGUUGUUUGUGCCCCUUGGUGGGGGUUGCUAGGACUUGGUGACAAGGGCUCCUGGUUCAGGUGUGGUGUAGGGGAGAGAGAGUAGUGAUUAUAGAUCAAGGGAGGGUGGGAGUUCAGGUGAGGUGAAGGAACUGCUGGGGGCAAGUAUGUCUCCUUUUCCCCAGGGGCCUCAGGGUCACUAACUUGGGGCUCUAUCAGCAGUUUCUCUGGGUGGGGGCUGGGAUUGGAGAAGGCCCAUUUUUGCCAGCCCCACCCAAAUGCAUUCAACCAGAAUACCUAGGUCUAGUGCCCAAAUCCUGCUCAUCCUGAACUCUGCUGGAUUUCUGGGCCAAAGGAGAGACUCUUACUCCCUGCUCUCUAGCCAGCCCAGGACUUUGGAUAUGGAACCUGAAGAUAUGGAAUUCUACUAUGUACAUUUUGUGUAAAUAUGUGCAUAUUUGUAUAUAAAAUGAUAUUCUGUUUUUAAAUAAACAGAUAAAACCUGUU